AUGACCUCAGAGCACAGGGAUGUCCUGGUGCUUCUGCCCACGCGGGAGCGGCUGCGGCUGGUCGUGGGGGUGCAGGCCACUGGGCACGCGCUCUUCCAGCAGGUGUGCGACCUGACCGGCCUCAGAGAAGCCCACGUCUUUGGCCUCAGCGUGGUCAGAAACAAUGAGUACGUCUUCAUGGACUUGGAGCAGAAGCUCAGUACAUACUUCUCGAAGGACUGGAAGAGAGAAACGCAGAGGGGAGGCGGCAGGCCGGGCGCCCCCUUCGUGGCCUUCCUCGGGGUGCAGUACUACGUGGAAGACGGAAGGCUCCUCAGGGACAGGACGGCCAGGCACCUGUACUACUGCCACCUGAAGGAACGGGUGCUGCGGUCCCAGUGCGCCCACCGGGAGGAGGCCUACUUCCUGCUGGCCGCCUACGGGCUGCAGGCCGACCUGGGCAACCACCGAGAGCCGGCGCACACGGGGCGCUACUUCGAGCCGCAGGCCUACUUCCCGCAGUGGAUCGUCACCGGGAGGGGCAGCGCCUACAUCCUCAGGCACGCGCCCGCCCUGCACCGCGAGCAGCGCGGCUUGAGCCCCAAGGAGGCCGCGCUGUGCUUCAUCCGGGAGGCCUGCCGGCUGGAGGACGUGCCCGUCCACUUCUUCAGGCUGUACAAGGUCCAGCCGCGGGGACCUCCGGAUAAGACGGAGCGCCGACCCACCAUGGUCCUGGGACUGACCCUCGGGGGCGUGCAGGUCUACCAGGAGGUGAACCACAGUCCGCAGCUGCUCUACGACUUCCCCUGGCCCCACGUGGGGAAGCUGGUCUUCCUGGGGAAGAAGUUCGAGCUCUGGCCAGACGGGCUGCCCGCGGCCCGGAAGCUGGUGUACCGCACGGGCUGCCCCUGGCGCUCCCGCCACCUGCUGCGCCUGCUCAGCAGCACCCACCAGCUGCACCUGCGCCUGCAGCCCGCGCUGCGCCGCCUGCGGCAGCGGGAGGAGGCCGAAGAGAAGAAGUGCUACCGGGAGUCCUGCGUCCGUGAUGGGCUGGACCUGGACCUGGACCCGGACCUGGAUCCGGACCCGGCUGGCAGGGUGUCCCCCGGCUCCCCCAGCGGCGGGGACAGUGGGGACAGAGACCAGCGCCCCCCGCGCCGCGUCUCGCUUCUCUCGGCCGGCAGCCACCGCAGCUCCCGCUCUUCGGGCAUCGAGGCCGACCCCUGGCUGGUGGGGCCGGCGGAGCCAGGGGAGAUGUCGGUGGACGAGCCCAUCGGGGCCGAGGCUCUCCACGGGGAGGACCCACCCUGUGGCUCCGGCACCAGCCGGAGCCGCCGUGGCACCGUUGGUGGCGGCAGAGGUGGCCCUGAGGACAAUACCCGGGACCAGGGGGAUGCCGCUCCCCAGCAGCCUGUGGCCGUGGUGCGCGUCACACUGGUCAGCAUGAAGGGCCUGAGCGCUGCGGCCCUGCACCAGACCCCGGAGGCCCAGGCGGCAGCCGGCCCCGCGGCCUCGCACCGCCGCAGCCUGGACGACGUGCGCCCCGCGCCCGCCCCGCGCCCCGCGCCCCGCAGCUGCCCCCCGGGCCGCGCGCCGCACCCCCGGCCGAGGAGGUCCAUGAACAGCCUCUGCCUGGACCUGCUCGGCGAGGACCAGCUCCCGGAGGAGUUUGUGGUGUAG